GAGAGUGAGAAAGGGAGGGAGGAAAGGAGGGAGGAAAGGGAUUAAUGUGCGCCCCCCUGCGAGGACGAGCCCACUUCUUGCGCGAGCACCGCGGCCGGCACACACCGCUCUCUCCAGGAUCCUCCAGACGGACGCCGCUCCCGACCCCCGUCACCUCCUCCGCCUCAACCUGCUACCGAGGACAAGGCCAUGGACAGCGCGAACGGCAGCGCCUCGCACUACGCCUCGCACUCGCACAACGACACGCCGUGGUUCCUGCUGGAGUGCACGGUGCGUCUGGACCGGGACAGCCGACGCAUCGCGCUCUUCCUGCUCUACCUGCUGCUCUUCAUGGCGGGGCUGGCGGAGAACGGCGUGGUGCUGUGGGUCAACUGGCGCCGCCGGCGCUCGGCCAGCGCCGUCCUCUUCUGCGUGCUCAACGUGACCGCCUCGGACGCCAUGGUGGUGCUGGUCAUGCCCUUCUUCAUGCUGGAGGUGAUGAUGGACAAGGUGUGGCUGUGGGGCCGCUUCUUCUGCAAGGUGACGCACCUGGUCUACUGCGUCAACUUCUACAGCAGCUCCUUCUUCCUGGCCUACAUGACGCUGGAGCGCUACCGGGCGCUGGCGCGCCCGCCGUCGCCGGCCACGCAGGCCGGGGGCGGGGCCGAGAGGCGGCGGCGCGCCCUGGCCUGCGGGGGCCUCUGGGCGCUGGCCCUGCUGCUGGCCCUGCUGGAGAACGUCCACGUGGACCUGCUGGAGUGGAACGAGCCGGGCUGCUACAUGAUGCCCGAGUACAGCUACGUGGAGUGGUUCACCACCGUCACCUUCCUCUGCCUCCUCUUCCAGUUCCUGGGCCCGGCGUCCGUCAUCGUCACCUGCAACGUGCUGAUCGCCCGGGCGGCCCGGGCGGCGCCCGACGUGCAGGGCGGCCGGCGGGACGUCUGGCUGGUGCACGUGUACUCGCUGGUGUUCGUGGCCUGCUGGCUGCCCUACCACCUGGUGCUCUUCCUGAUGAUGGUGGACGACCUGGACCCCCGGCUGCUCAGCUGCAACGCGGUGGAGGUGCUCUACUUCUCCUUCAGCGUGGUGCAGGCCGUCUCCCUGGCGCACUGCGUGGCCAACCCCAUCCUCUACAACUUCCUCAGCAAGAGCUUCCGCGCCAACCUGGCCAACGCCGUGCUGGAGCGCGUCCCGCGCCCGUCCGCGGCCGGCGACCAGGGCCGAGGCGCCAACCAGGCGGGCGGGGGCGGGGCCGGGGGCGGGCCCAAGGAGCGCAAGCUGAGCGACACCAGCACCAGCCACUCGGACGUCCCGUCCUAGGAGAGAGAGAGAGAGACGCCGUCCGGGGGAACAGGCUGAGAGGAGUCCCCCCGUGACUGCCCUCCGCUUGCCAAAACAAAGAACUGUCGUAUCCUGCAGUACGCAUGACCCCCCUAAACCCCCACCCGUCUGACCCCCUCCCGCCACCCCC